AUUAUGUUUACUCAGCUUUAAUGCUCUGUUCAGAUGUGAUCUAAGUAUACGUGCCGAUCCGUGAAAGUAAUUACGCGAUCAUAUCGAAGUGUCAGCAGUUAUGAAGCUCACUACAGGGUUGCGAUAAAAGUACAGAGGGCAAGCGUUGACAUGGUGCAGCGGAAAAUGAGAUAGGCCAGAUAGCAGGCGUGUUCUUAUCGGCGUAACGAAACACAGCGUGCUCGUUGCGUGUGCAGUGUGUACAUCAUGCAGGGACAUGGUCGUGCGCAUGCGUAGAGCGGAAGCCGCGUGAAUUAAUGAGCGCUUCAUGCGCGACAUUGCGCUGUGACCUUGUCGGAUGGGACUCUCGGUCUGUAAAAACAAUGGCCAAUUGUAAAAAGAUAGAAAAAAGAAGGGAGAAAGAGUUGAGCGAUAACCAUACACACAUGAAGAAACCAUUCGCGCAAAUUACGCCCUUUAUUGGUGGAGUCACUGCGACAAAAACAAGAAAAAGUGCGUUGACGACCUGAGGCCAACGGCAUGUACAAUUCAAACGCAGCUCAUGCGGGCGAUCCCAUGGAGGUUACAACUACGACGAGAUCACCUGCAAUUUCUAACCUCGGAAUCGCCGAAGUCGAAGACGGCGACAACGGCAUGGACUUGGAGAUCCGCAUUAUCUACGGCAUCGUGGGAAUCGCACUGGUUGCCUCGUCGAUUCUGUUUGUGAUGUACAUCGUUACCCGGCUUCUCAAAAAGAGGGCACCAAGGCGCUCCAGUAGAAGCGAUACGGCGAGCAUAGACUCGUGGGUCAUUGUCUGCGGUGACGUUCCGGAGGUGCAUUUGCAAGAAAAGGCGGGAACAAGCUUUUCGCGGUAUGACGUCCUCGUUUCAACACCGCCUUCGCAGACGACCGGCGAGGGCACGGCUGAACCAUCGGUCGCCGAGCCCGGCUUGUCAAGCUUUGAAAGACGGACGCUAUCGCUUACUAUAACCCCCACGUUCACCUUGAUGCCAGACGAUACCGUUAGAAGGACCCCAACGAAUGCUGCUGUGGACGAAGUCGGCGGGGUUGUGUGAAUCUUUACAGGGGCUUCUUUGGAUGCGCUUGCUUGCCCUUGUGGCCAGACGUGUCGACACGGACUUUGACUCUCAGUGUUGUGCACUUGCCGCAGUGUCCCAUUGCCCACUGCUUCGUCUGAGCAGUGCCUCCUAGACUAGAUGCCUGUGACGUGAGCCGAGUAGCUGGUUCCCAGCCCUCCCCCGUUCUCUCCUCCACCGCCCCUUCGAGCAGUGGCGGCUGCGAGCGCUCCUUGCGGUGGCCGCUCCAAACCUCUCUGCCUCCGAGAUCGAAACAAGGUCCUCUGUAGUCCCUGAGGCAGCGUCGGCCGUAGACGCCGUGCCGAUAACUGUGAUGGCGUCACUUCCGACGGUACCGGAAAUAGUGUCCGCUGUGAGCGCUCCUUGCGGAGACUACACUGAACUACGAGGAACCUCCCGCCCCUAUGGGAAAGCGAGUGACGUCGCAGGUACCUGUUUAGAGGAGGCGUUGGUCUAAGCAAGCGCUUGCAGUUAAUUUUAAAUUCCGAUCACCAGGGGAACCUGCCUGUCAUUUAUUUAUGUAUUUAUUUAUUUAACAUAUACUGCGGACACGAAGUCUAAGCAGGGAGGGCAAUAAAAAUGGUACAACAGUGAACAUGUUUGGAAAAAAAGUUGAAAAGAACAAAGGAAACAAAAACAACAUUACAGAAAUAGAGCCCAUAUGUUUGGCAAAACGCUAUAAAACAAAUCAAUGAUGACGAGGAUUAUGAUGUCGAUUCGGUUAUACACUUCCAUUCUGUUAUAGUACCAGGGAAAAAAGAAUUCUUAAAUAUGUUCGUUCUCGCGAAGUAAGGUGUUAAUGAAUCUUGUCUAUGGUCACUUGUGGGUCUGGUUUAUAGGGGCGAUAGAUAUAGAGAUGAGUCUAGUGGUGAAUU